GUGUCACGACCUCGGCCAAAAAUGGUAAAAACCAAGUACAUAGGAGCACAAAUUUAUUGAUGAGAAUUGAUAGAAAACAUUCCAGUUAGGAAUAAUAUGAAUUUUGGUAGUGAUACGUCAAGUAGUUUAGCCUGUACGAGGGUUCAAAUCUGAUAGUUUUUGGCAAUCGGCAUUUUUCUAUUUUUUUCGGAAAAUUGACACUUUUUUCAUAUGUUCAAAAAUUUGAAUAUUAAAAGUAACGGUUAUAAAAAAGUGUUUAUUUUAGUUACUUGGGAUGUCAAAAACUUGGCUUCACAUUUGUUUGGGUGUAAAUAGUGAUCAUAUGGUGUUUACAGUUACAAACACCUGUUGUACUUAGUUCAUCUAUUUUGUAAAGCAAAUCUUGAAAUUAGUGGAGUAGAAAAAAAAAGGUUAAAAAAGUUUAGUCUACAUUUUUGUUGAUUUUAGUUGUGAAAAUGACCACCUCUUUAAAAAACUGUGACAUAUUUUUGGAAUGGUUAGAAGUAAAGGAUCAAAGUAUGUCACAUGUUCUGGCAAAACUUAAAGAAUUUAUUGAGGAUCGAAUUGGAAGGAAAAUGACGGGCGAAGAACACAUAAAGGUUAAAAAUAUUUGCUACAAAUUGUCUUCUACGUGGAAAAAAUACUAUCGAAAGAGGGAUAAAGUAGAAAUGGUCUUAAAAGAUUGGUUUCUUAUGGAUACGUUUAAAUUUGAUUCGGAACCUGAUAAGUCUACAUCAAGAGGUCGACCACGCAUUAACUUUGAGGAAAGUUCAUGUAGAACAAAAAGGCGACGUGUAGGUGAACUUGUUGCAUCUACUUCGGCGGACAUCAAAACAACAGCUGCAAAAAGAUUUUCGAAUGUAAAGGAAACGGACAUUAUUUCAGUGGAAAAAGCAUUGGCGCUCUACGUGGAUAUGGAUUUAUCAGUUAGACAGUAUAACAUGAUGAGAAAUGCUGUAAAUGCUAUACAUAAAAAUUGUUUCCCAUCGUAUUAUGCUAUAGCAGAAGCUAAGAAAAAAUAA